GGCGGCAAACUCAUACGUCAUCGCAGCGGGCAGCGCGCCGGAUGAAGCAGAAAGAAAGGGCUAACCGGCGCUAAAACGAAAUUCCCAGGUUAUCGGCGGUGCUGUGCCUACCGCGAUACAAGUGAAGACAGUGAUAUCCUUGCUGCACACACAUCACACCAUGGAACGUGGAAAAGGGAAACGGGCCGUCCAGACCCAGGAGCUUGACCAAGGACCAGCGAAGAAAUUAAGGCGUAAGCUGAAGCCUUCUAUGGCGAAGCGACCAACAGCAUCGGGCAACGUACUCACCUGUGGGCAGGGUGAGGUUGGGCAGCUCGGACUGGGGGAGGAUGUGAUGGAGAAAACGCGCCCGGCCAUCGUCGAUGGGCUAUCCGAUGUGGUCGACAUUUCAGCCGGCGGCAUGCACAACCUCUGCCUGACGGCCACCGGUAAGGUUUACUCGUUCGGUUGCAACGAUGAAGGAGCCCUGGGACGCGAUACGUCCGAGGAGGGUUCGGAGUUUGUUGCGAAGCCGAUCGACCUGCCCGGACCGUGUGUGAAAAUUUCCGCCGGUGACUCACAUUCCGCCUGCCUGCUAGAAGAUGGACGCGUCUUUGCGUGGGGCUCGUUCCGGGACUCUCACGGUAACAUGGGCCUUACGCUGGAAGGAAACAAGCGGCUACCGAUCGAGGUGCAGCCACCAGUAGGUCUAUCCCGAUGGGUUGACAUUGCAUCCGGAAGUGACCAUCUCGUGAUGCUGUCCACUGCCGGUAACAUCUACACGGUGGGUUGCGCCGAGCAAGGACAGUUGGGCCGAAUUUCCAUCCGUGCCGCAUCCGGAGAGUCACGCCGUGGUAAAACACAGCUCCUGCGGCCAGACAUUGUGACGCUACGGGGAAGGGCCGUAGAAGCCAAUGCCAUCUGGGCCACCACGUACUGUACCUUCUACCGGGAUCCACAAAAAGAGCGCAUCUACGCGUUCGGACUGAACAACUACUGUCAGCUCGGUAUCAGCAAUCCUAGCGAGAAUGUCGUGAAGCCGGUCUUUGUCCCGGAGGUGACGAGCUUUAUCGACGCGGAGCAAAUCGCCGGUGGUCAGCACCAUACGCUCGUCCUGAAGACCGACGGUAAAGUGUACGCAAUUGGGCGCAAAGAGUACGGCCGCUUGGGAUUGGGUGAGGUGUCGGAGGAUGUGAAAAUGCUCACGCUUGUAGAGAAGCUCGCCGACAAGAAGGUGGUCAGCAUUAACUGUGGGGAUAGCGCAUCGUUUGCAGUAACGAAUACCGGUGAGGUGUACGCUUGGGGCAUGGGCUCCAAUCAGCAACUCGGCACCGGCAACGAAGAAGACGAAAUCAGUCCUGUAUUGAUCGCCAGCAAGCAGGUGCAGGGUAAAGUAGUGCUGAAGGUAUCGAGCGGUGGACAGCAUAGUAUUUUCUUAGUACAGGAAACACCUACCAAGAAGCCCGAAAAGAAAGAGGCUGCAAAAGCCGGAAAGACAAACGGAACGACAUCGACGGCGAAUGGAGAGGCAUCAGCGAGUAGUUCCACCACUACGGCAUCCAGUGAAAAUCAGAAAGCAAAGCCAGAAACAAAAACAACAGCCGGAACAAGUCGAAAGCGUAAGAUCUAGCGAACCACGCGACAGCGGUUUGACCUCUUAACAAGUUUACCCUAGCAACGGCAGCGGUGGUAGCGAAAGCUGAAGGACGGUUACUACGACUACGAUUUGUUUAGUUAGAUGUGUUGCUAGAAUAAUAGACUACGGCCGGAAGAGAGACAACAACGUAGUAGCGCCAUGUUAUUUAUCACGUAUCACCGUUGCUUGUUUUUAACUGUGCACCAUCUACGGAUGGUCGUGUGUGCAGUGCUAGUGCUAGUGCCUAGCUCUAAUGCUAGUGAGGAAGGAAUAGUAAUGACAUGAAAUAGUUACAUUCAGUUUUUCCUUCCAUUUCCCGUCUCCUGGAUGUACGUUAAAUCAAAUGUAUCUCUUUAUCUUCAUUCUGUUGUCUAUUUUGGAUGCUUUUGCUGUAGCAAAAGUUCUUGCUUUGGUUUUACUGUUUCAAAAUAUGUUCCCCUUUAUCUACCCUCGUAUUUUCAUCAUUCAAUCAUCGUUGCCAUCAACUAAUGUCGUCGUCUUUUUUUGUUUUGCUGCGCGCAGCUGGAAGGCGUAGCUGCUAGAGCUUAGAUUAUACGUUGGAUUAUAAAUUAUUCGUUUUCCAUAUGGGACCUGCAACGCACGUGUUAGAGGAACUGAUGUGGAUCGACUGAGAAAAUGAAACUAAAUAAAGCUAAGUGAACAAUUUUGAUAAAAAAAA